AAAAACUACCAUUUUCUGCAACAAAAAUCCAAAUACCAAUUUCUCCAGUUUCAUUCUGCUAUGGAUUCCAUCAUUAGAAAUCAAACUACCUUCGCCCAAAUUUGGGCUCUUGAAGAAGCAACCCGCAACCCACUCACUGGCAUUGAACGACCUGCUGGCUACGAUGCCAUGCUUCAAAGCCGGCGCCUCCUACCAGUCCACGAGCGGUACAGCGAGAUUCUCGAUGCAUACCAACAGUCUCAAAUCAUGAUACUAUCAAGCGAGACUGGCUCGGGCAAGUCAACUCAAGUCCCCCAGCUGCUUACCUACGAUGAGUAUCCUAGUGGUCUACAGGUUGCAUGCACCCAGCCACGACGACUUGCCACCAGGGAACUUGCGAGCCGAGCAGCUGCUGAAAUGGGAGUUACCCUGGGUGAGGAGGUUGGGUACAGGGUCGGGUCUGACCAGCGGUACAACGAAAACGAUAAGAAGACCCGGCUCGUCUACCUCACGGAAGGUGUCCUGGUUCGCCAACUCAGUAAUGACAGGGACCUAUCGGCGUAUGCCUGCGUCAUCAUUGACGAGGCCCACGAGAGAACCCUCAAUGCUGACCUAUUGAUGGCAUUGUUGAAAAAGGUGGUCAGUCGCCGCAAGGAUUUCAAGGUGGUCAUCAUGUCAGCGACAAUGGAUGCUGCGUUGUUCCAACGUUACUUCAACAAUUGCCCGCUGGUUCGAAUUUCGGGGCGAAAUUUUGGAGUUGAGACUUUCCACAUGAAAGCCCCGGGGACAAACUACGUCGCCGCCGCGGCUGCCCUUGUGAUGAAAAUCCAUCAAGGCUCGGAGCCGGGCCAUAUCUUGGUCUUCCUUCCUGGAAAAAAAGAAAUUGAAAGAGUAUGCAAUCUGCUCAGUGACUUUGAUCAGAACCUGGAAGUCCUGCCCUUGUAUGGAUCCCAAGCGAGUUAUCAGCAGAGCCAAGCUGUCAACUCCCCUAGCUCAAGUCGCAAAUGCAUCGUGUCAACAAACAUCGCGGAGACUACUCUGACCGUUGAUGGGAUUGUAUUUGUUAUCGACUCGGGCCUGUCACGCCAAAUGAUUUUCAAUCCACGGGGUCGUAUGAACAUGCUCGAGCUACGAACCAUCUCCCAAGCAUCAGCGAAGCAACGUGCUAGCCGUGCUGGACGGACAAGAAACGGCUUCUGUUACCGGCUUUACACCAGAGAGACUUUCAAUCUCAUGGAACCAACAACUGCACCAGCUAUCCACCGCGAGGCAGUUGACUCGGUGAUUUUAGACCUUGUGCACGCGGGCUAUCGCAAGAUCGCGGAUUUCGACUGGAUCGAUGCCCCUCAUCCUGAGUCUCUCUUGAGAGCUGUCCAAGAUCUCAAGGAUUGGAGAUUUUUAAGAGCCGAUGGCAAGAUCACGCAAUUAGGCAAGCUUGCCGCGAUGUGCCCACUGGAGCCAAUGUGGUAUCGAGCCAUUGAGAUUGGGGCAGGUCUUGAUUGCUCCGCGGACAUCGUUGACAUCGCUGUCCUUUGUAGUUCGCAGAAGCCGAUUUUUGUUCAACCACCGGGGGUAGUUAGGGUUGCACGCGCGGCUCGAGAGCGAUCGCGUUCCCCCCAACCUAUGCAAUCAAUCUAG